AUGGAGGACGAGCGCGAGGAUUACGGUGACGACGUCGACGACGUCGUCGACGCGCUCGAGGCGGCGGAGGACGAGGAUGAACGAGACCUCGAGGGGGGGGACGCGGACGGACGGGUGAUCGUCGAGAGCGACGAGCGAGGCGACGCGCUCGGUACGCACGGUCGAAGAGGAACCGGUGGGGCGGUACCGAGACACUUGCGAACGACGACGCCGUACAUGACGAAGUACGAACGGGCGAGGGUUCUGGGAACGCGCGCGUUGCAGAUCUCGAUGAAUGCGCCGGUGCUCGUGCAGCUCGAGGGCGAGACGGAUCCGUUGGAGAUCGCGGGGAAGGAGCUCCGGGAGAAGAGAGUGCCGUUCGUCGUUCGAAGAUAUCUCCCGGAUGGCUCGUACGAGGAUUGGUGCAUCGAGGAGCUGAUCGUGCACGAUCCGGACGCGCGAAGGACGUGA